AUGGCGCCCUCCGCGCUCUCCUUCCAGAGCCUCGGCACGCGGACCGCCAUCAUCCUCUCGUUCUGGUCCGCCAUCCUCCUCUCGGUGCCCUUCUGGCUGCAGACGACCAACAUCGUCCGCCUACCCCUGCCGUCCCAAAAGGUCGCACAGCUCGAGCGGGAGCGCACCUGUCCCGUACGCUUCCGCUCAUCGCUCAACGUCCAGCUGCCACACGCCCUGCACGCCUCGCCCGACGAUCCCGACUCCUCGACGGCCAUCGAGCUCGAGACCAAGCAGCUGCUGCUCGACAGCCUCGAGCUCAAGAGCAGGCGCGCGGGCAUACACGGCCUCGCCUGCACAGACUGGACCGUGACCGUCCAGUCUCAAGACGUCAAGUCAUUUGGCAAGGCUGCCGACUUUGACUUUCUCGUGCUGCAUGGCCGUCCCUCUGACGCUCCCGGAAUCUCAGAGGAUGGCUUCGUCAUCGCACUGCCUGCGCUCGACGAUGCUGCGGCAGCGGGCCCCGACAUCAUCAGCGCGGCCGUCGUACAGCGCCUCUUGCGCAUCAUCGGACAGGACGAGCUCCCCGUUGCGCAGUCUGCUGUCGACGCUGAGGCGGCAGAGGCGAGCACCGUUGAACAGGAUCCGCGCGUCAUCCAGUACAACAAGGACAUCCGGCUCGUCUUCAGCCUGAUGAACGAGGAUGCCACGCAGGGCGAUGCGUGGAGCAGCUCGAUACUGCAGAGCCUCAAGAGCAGCAGCGAACAAGGUACGGGCGACGUGCCCACACCGCUGGGCCCGAUCACGGCUCUCUUCGACGAGCUCCACGGCCUCCACGACUUUCACGUCGAGAGCCAGGUGCAGUGGCUCGCUCCGCUGCAGUUCAAGCCGACGGUCGAAGACUUCGAAAUCAGGGAGGAGUCAAUGGUCGAAGAGACGUACGAGGAGGCCAUAGAGGAGGAGGUGGAGGAGGACGAAGCCGAAGGAGACGGCGCGGAGCCGACCACCGAGACUACGACGGCUCCAGCAGCCAACGUUCCUGAUGCGACGGACAGCACGGAGGGAGUCAUCAAUACCGACGAGGCGGAGGUCGAAGCGCUCUUGAAGACGGUCGAUGACGUCCAGAGCGAAGAAGCCGAGGUCGAUGCCAUCCUUGGAAGCCGACCAGAAUCGGCGCCCGCUCCUUUGUCGUCGUCAUCGAAAGCGCCCGCGGUUGCCGGGCCAAGACGGAGGCGGACCAUCACCCGCCACAUCCCUAGGACGAGGCUGGUACCCAGGGUCACUACUCGCAACGAGACCCGGCGCCUCGUCGAGUGGGACGACCUCAAAGUGUUUGUCAACUCCGCCGAGUGGAGCCUGUCGUCGACUGUGGCCCCGCAGUCGCGCCUAGAGCGAGACGGUGGCGUCGGCAACCACGAGGCGGCAGACCAGGUGGCGGGACAGACGCACGACCUGCAUUUCCUCAUCUACGUCCCCUCGGCAUCCAAUCGGCCGCUGCAGAUCCGUGAUCCCGAGACUGGCGGGGCGAGCGACAGCAAUGCCUGGCUCAUCCCGCAGUGGGGAGGCGUCGUGAUCCUCAACCCCUCCAGCACCGAGGACGCCUCCAACUCGAGCGUGCACGAUGGACCCGCGAUCCGCCAGAUCCCUUCGGAUCAGCUGCGGCAGGCCAUGGAGCUGUUUGCCCAGCAGCUCGAGAUCCUCGUUGGCUUCCCCCGCCGUCAAGGUGACGCUCCGUUCUCGCAAGGGCGCGAACAGAGGCUGGACGCGCUGCUGUCGAAGCGGAUCCUGGAGAAUGCGCGCGAGACGGUCGAGACGCUGGCAGGCAUCGUGCGGCUGGUGGACAAGAUCGAGAACCUGGGCGUAGGCGAGGAGAUCAGGAAGGACGUCGACCGCGCCAUCGAGGUCCUCGAAUCGCUCAAGACGCACCUCGAGCGACGCUCCUUUGACCGACACACACACCUGGUCGAAGCGCUGCGCCUGUCCUACACGGCCUCGACGCUAGCAUCGCGCGCCUUUUUCAGCCCCAAGAUGCUCGGGCUGCUGUACUUCCCCGACGAGCACAAGUACGCCGUCUACACGCCCCUCUUUGGUCCGCUGCUCGUGCCCCUCGUGGUCGCCCUGAUCAAGUGCAUCAAGGAGUGGACCGCGAGGAUACGGGAGGCGAGGAGAGCCAGGUUCAAGGCCAGGGCCUCGCCUCGGAAGGCCAGGGUGAGGCUCUCGACGGGCCGGAUCGAGUCGUCGUAG